UUGAAACUUAUAUUUUCUUCUUGUUAGCUGAAUUCCUGGCAAUAUGCAGUCUACUAGAUAUAAUGGCGUCAUCUGGAUGCGGCAAUGCGUGCUGCAUGCCAGACGAACCUACUCCGUCAGCGCAAACGUAACUUCCGCCGGUAACAACACAACGGGGGAACAUUUGCCGCCGACGACGCCCACGAAAUCCCUCGAGAAGAUGCGUGGAUGGCAACUGCACAGCUACGGCGAUAUUGACGAGCUGCUGCUUUCCGACAAACUGAAGAUCCCACAAAUACGGAGCUCCAAUGAAUGCCUGGUGCGAGUACGGACAACGGCGGUGAAUCCCAUCGAUCUGGCCAUGCUCCGAGGCUAUGGAGCUACAGUUCUAAACAAACUACGCUGCCAGCCGGGAGAUGACAUUGAGUUUCCGCUCACACUGGGCCGCGAAUUCUGUGGAGAGCUGGUGCAGAAGGGAAUGGGCGUGACAUCCCAUUCACUCAAACUGGGAGCGCGUGUCUGGGGAGUUGUGCCUGUGCAUGCCAGUCCUGGUGCUCAUGCGGAGUAUGUGGCUGUCCCGUCAUACUGUUUGGCUCCAGCACCCAAACAGCUAGACGACAGUGAGGCAGCCAGCGUGUUGUAUGCGGGAUUGACAGCCUGGUCGGGACUCUACAUUUCUGGCGGCUUGGGUGGCCCGUGUGGUGCCACCACAGCUGCUGGCGGUGGUGCACAUAAGCGCAUACUAGUCUUGGGCGGCUCCGGCGGUGUUGGCACUUUGGCCAUACAGAUACUUAAGUCGCAAGGCGCUCAAGUGCUCGCCACCUGCAGUGAGAACGCCGUGGAAAUGGUCCGCUGUCUGGGCGCCGAUUUCGUCGUAGACUACAAGAGCAGCGAUGCCAUGGACGAGCUGUGCAAGUUUGCACCCUACGAUAUUGUUUUGGACUGUGCCGGACAUGGAGGGGCGCAUGCAUCGGAAUUGAAAUUUGAUUUCCGGCAGUACAUUACCUUCUCGUCGCCACUGCUAGCCAACAUUGACCAGCAGGGCCUAGGACUGGGUGCGAUCAAGAAUAUGGUCGACCUGGUGCAGACCAAUGUGAAAUCCCUCACGCAGCGAGGAGGAAUGGUGAAGUGGGGCUUCUUCAAUCCUGCUCCGCACGGGAUUGCAUUCUUGGAGCAACUGGUGCGUCAGCGAAAGUUGAUCCCAUUGAUUGACAGCACUUUCAGCUUCGAGGAAAUGCUAAAGGCCUUUGAGCGCAUGAAGUGCGGACAUUUGCGGGGCAAGAUUGUGGUGAAGCUUUGAGGAGGGUCAUCAUGCGACUGAUUGUUAUUGCUGUUUCAUUAAACAUUUUCUGUUAGUUAAUUAAAACAUUUUGCCGGACAAA